AUGGAAUCUCCUGCGUAUCCCGACAAGGUCGGUGGCCCGACCAACACCUUCGACGCGAAGGAUCGUGACCCAAGUCUAGAUGGAAAAGGCGAAGAGGCUUUGCCUGCUGAGCUCAUCUCCGCUGGCUCGGAGCACUUACACAGAAGACUAGGAGGGAAGGAGAUACAGCUGCUUGCAGUUGGUGGCGCAAUUGGAACAUCUUUGUUUGUGCAAAUGGGAGCUACUCUCCCGAAGGGUGGCCCUGCAGGGCUCUUUUUAGGAUUUAUUGCAUAUGGCUCAAUUAUUUUUUCUGUCAAUCAAUGCUUCGCCGAAAUGGUCACAUAUCUCCCCAUCGCGUCGCCAUUUAUUCGAUUAGGCGGAUUCUGGGUUGAUGACGCCUGGGGCUUUGCGUUGGGUUGGAAUUACUUUUUCCUUAUGGCCUUCGCUAUCCCAUACGAGAUCACGGCAAUCAAUGUGCUCCUUACCUUCUGGACAGACAAGAUUCCUGUCGCGGCAGUUGUGGUGAUUUGUUUAGUGAUAUAUGCUGGGCUCAAUGGACUUGCAGUCCGGUACUUUGGAACAGCCGAGUUCUACCUGGCCAUUUUUAAGAUUUUCCUCAUGAUUGGACUCAUUUUCUAUACAUUUGUCACCAUGGUCGGUGGGAAUCCAGAACAUGACGCCUACGGUUUUCGCUAUUGGAACAAGCCUGGUGCAUUUGUCGAGUACCUUGCACCUGGGAACACGGGACGGUUUCUGGGAGUACUUUCAUGCAUGAUCCAAGGUUCUUUUACCAUGGUUGGCCCAGAGUAUAUUUCCAUGACAGCCGGUGAAGCAGAAAAUCCUCGUAAACUGAUGCACCGAGCUUUCUCUUCAUUUGUCUGGCGUCUUUUGUUUUUCUUUAUUGGAGGCGCUCUCUGUGUGGGGAUCGUUAUUCCGUAUGAUGACAAGCUCCUGACCUCCUAUCUCUCUGGAAGCAAAUCCGGAACUGGAGCUGCAUCUCCCUACGUCAUCUCUAUGGUCGAAUUUGGAAUCAGAGGCCUUCCUUCCUUGGUCAAUGCCUUGAUUAUGACAUCUGUUCUUUCCUGCGGAAACAACGUUGUAUUCUCUUCUAUCCGUACACUGCAUGGUUUGGCAGUCGACGGGAAGGCCCCGGGUUUUCUUGCAAAAGUCAACAAGCAUGGUAUUCCGUACUACGCAGUCAUUACAUCUCUGGCCUUUUGCCUUCUCGCCUUCCUGCAGCUCAGCAAGUCGUCUUCCACGGUCCUUGACUGGCUCGUUGGUAUUUGCACCGCGUCCUAUCUGAUCAAUUACUUCGGAACCAUCGUGACUUAUCUACACUUUUAUGCCGCCCUUCGCAAACAAGGGAUCGACCGAAAAACACUGCCAUACCAAGGAGUACUCCAGCCAUAUCUGGCCUGGUACGCAUUGUUUGGUACGUUCAUAAUGACUCUGAUAAUCGGCUAUACCGUUUUUAUCAAUGGUGAGUGGGAUACUACGUCUUUUGUGACGAGUUACUUGAUGGUUGGCUUCUUCCCUGUUGCGUACCUGUUCUGGAAGAUCAUCAAGCGCACGCGUUACGUUCGGCCAGGGGACGCGGAUCUUAAACUUGGUAAUGUCAAAGAUGACAUUGACCUAUACGAAGCGCUUUAUGAGGCGCCAAAGAGGGGGAAAAUCUCCGGUUGGCUCAACAGUUUCUUCGAGUAA